GUCCAACUAAGAGCUGAAAUGGAGCCGAGAGGAGAUCUGCUGGACCAAGGUAACCUCUCUUGUUCCAUCUGUUUGGAUCUACUGAAGGAACCUGUGACUAUUCCCUGUGGACACAGCUACUGUAUGAACUGUAUCAAAGUCUCUUGGAGACAAGAAGAUCAGAGGAGGAUCCACAGCUGCCCACAGUGCAGGAAAACUUGGAGGCAAAGGCCUGUUCUGAAAAAAAAUAUCACAUUAUCGGCUUUAGUGGAGAGUCUAAGGAACUCUGCUCCAGCUGAUCACUGCUAUGCUGGACCUGAAGAUGUGGCCUGUGACGUCUGCACUGGGAGGAAAAGGAAAGCUGUGAAGUCCUGUUUAUUCUGUCCUGCUUCCUACUGUGAGGAUCAUCUCCAACCUCAUUAUGAUGCUCCGCCAUUAAAGAAGCACAAGCUGGUUACUCCCUCUAAAACUCUUCAGGAGAACAUCUGCUCUCGUCAUGAUGAGGUGAUGAAGAUCUUCUGUCGUACUGAUCAGCAGUGUAUCUGUUAUCUCUGCUCAAUGGAUGAACAUAAAGGCCAUGAAACAGUCCCAGCUGCAGCAGAAAGGACUGAGAAGCAGAAGGAGCUCCAGGAGAGACGACAACAAAUCCAGCAGAGAAUCCAGGACCAGGAGAAAGAUGUGAAGCUGCUUCAACAGGAGGUGGAGGCCAUCAAUGCCUCUGCCGAUAAAGCAGUGGAGGACAGUGAGAAGAUCCUUGGUUCAGUGAUCCGUCUCAUCCAGAAAAGAAGCUCUGAUGUAAAGCAGCAGAUCAGAUCCCAGCAGGAAACUGAAGUGAGUCGAGUCAAAGAGCUUCAGAAGAAGCUGGAGCAGGAGAUCACUGAGCUGAAGAGGAAAGAUGCUGAGCUGGAGAAGCUCUCAAUCACAGAGGAUCACACCCAGUUUCUCCAGAACUACCCCUCACUGUCAGCACUCAGUGAGUCUACACACUCAUCCAGCAUCCAUUUAUGGCCAAUUAAAGAUGCAUCAGAGGGACCACAGGAGAUGCUAAGAGACACAUGGAAAAAGAUCUCACUGAAGGUCACUGGACUUGGUAUUUUACUGUCAGAACUUUGGACCAGAGCUGAGUUUUUAGGAUAUUCCAAAGAUAUCACUUUGGAUCCAAACACAGCAAACAGGUAUAUCUUGCUAUCUAAGAAGAACAGAAAAGUAACAUUAAUGGAGCAGCUACAGUUCUAUCCAGAUCAUCCAGACAGAUUUGCUCGAUGGUGGCAAGUACUGAGUAGAAACCGUCUGACUGGACGUUGUUACUGGGAGGUGGAGUGGAUCGGGGAAGCAGUUUAUGUUGCAGUUGCAUACAAGAACAUCAGCAGAAAAGGAACGUCCCAGGAUUGUGUUUUUGGAUUCAACAACAAGUCCUGGGCUUUACAAUGUGAGGAAGGAUCCUACACUUUUUGGCACAACAGUGUUAAAACUCCAGUAUCAGGUCCAGUUUCCUCCAGAAUAGGAGUGUAUCUGGAUCACAGAGCAGGUAUUCUGUCUUUCUACAGCGUCUCUGGAACCAUGACUCUCCUCCAUAGAGUCCAGACCACAUUCACUCAGCCUCUAUAUGCUGGAGUUUGGCUUUCUGAUGACGGAGACUCUGCUGAGUUUGUUAAACUAAAACAGUUAGGCUAAACCUGAGGUCCAGUUAUAAAGAAUUUGCAUUAAUUUCCAGUUACUUUAUUCCAGGUCUUUUCCAUCAUUUCAGCUUAGAGGUUAUUGUUAUCACUUCCACACUGGUCAGGAUCAGCUGUGUACUUUUAUCAUGUUUGUUGUUUUGUUGAUAGAAUAGUUAAAUAUAAAGCAUUAUGGGAGGAAUGUUUAUGUCUAUGAAGCUGUUGUGAUGUUUUUGGAUGCUUGUUCAUGUUUAUGGAAAUUAUGUCAUAAGUGAGUGAUCUUUUUCAUACCCCCAUAA